GCAUAUUCUGCGCUCGUAGCGAAUAUGUAGAGCUGGUUCCUACUGUUCUUAGCAUUGUCUGCUCUACUGUUUUGUGGUACAAUAAUCAGUACGGUACUUUCUGCUUGAGACGUUUGAAAUGAGAAUUUAAGGAACCAGAAAGCUGCAUGAAGAUUCCAGAGCUGUGUCAUUCGCUUCACAAGGACCUACUUUCCAGUCUAUGCAACAUCUAGCUCGUUUCCAGGUUGACUCUGACAAGCGGGAUAUCAGCUCGACUCGAAUCUCAAGAAGCUGUUGAAGUUUUGGUCUCACUGCUUUCGACUACCUUCCUCAGUACAUUUCCCGACGACCUCAAUCUUAGAGAUGGCCUCAUCUGUGCGUUCGUUCAUGGCUACCGGCUUGGUUGUAGCCGUAGUUAUGUGCACUUUAGGAGUCGCCACGGCACAUAAUGGCCAUCACCAUGGUCCAGCUGCAGCUCCAAAGGCCGCAGCUCCGAAGGCUGCAUCCGCCUCUGGACUUCUGCCUUCUUCUAUCUUGGCGAACUUGGUCCUCGGGUUAAUUGGUUUCGCUGCUGCUCGAUACCUUUGACACUCGACAGCAUGUCUGCUGCAAUCAUAGAUGACUGCGGUGGAUGACAUCAGAUCAGCCCAUGAUGGCGAAUUCUUUUCUGCAAUGACGCAUGAAUGCUCCUACACGAAAGCAUUUUUCUAAACGGCUUUAUAAUAGUAUUGCUUUUCAUUAAUAGCUCAACUCUUUCGAUGAUUGAAAUAGAAAAUUAAAUAUUGGUGGUAAGUAUUAGAUUCGAUAGGAAGAGUCCGUCAAGCGAAGAUAACAGUCGAAAAUUCCAUAGUUUCCAGCAGGAGCUCAGAUUCUGUAUGUGAAGAGUGCCAGAUGCUCACAAGCCAAAAGAGUAGAACAUCUGCACAUAAUAAGCUGAGACAGGAGUUGAGUGUGAGUUCAUUAUUUGUCAUGUUAUUCAUGGCAAUGCGGUGUUAUCAGAUUGCUCUAGGUUCCUUUCAUGGUAAACUCUAGGCUAAAGCUAGUUGAAGACUGGUGAUGUUCAUCCUUUCCAUGUUCGCACCUGAAUAAAGCUUAGCUGGAUAAAACCUAUUGCAAGG